AUGUGGCGCCUGAGACGCGCUACUGCAGCGCUAAGCCGUGGCCAUGCCCAUGCCCGGCUGCUGUCAACCGAGGCACAGGCUCCUCGACCGCGGGCCAGGCCGGUUGCCAAACAGAAGCAGAUGGUGACGGCGGGAAAGGUAAUGGGAGUUGCGGCAGUUGGUGUGGGUGCAUCUUUAUGUGGAAGCCAGCAACUGCGAGAUGACGUUCAUCGGGUGCUUUUAAAAGCCAACGAUGCCUUCGAGGACUUCAAUGAUGUCUCUCGAGAUUACUUUGAACGGAUCGGAGAUCGCUUUGUCUCGAGCAAGAAGGAGCCGUGGCUAGUGGACAAAGCAACUCUUCAGUAUCCUGAGCACAUACCAACCUUGGUUCUUGAUGUCGACAAGGUGAUAUUGCAUUUGCAACAUGAUAGCAAAAAGGGCUGGCAAGUGAUCAAAAGACCAUUUGCGGACAAGUUCUUCAAGGAGAUUCCUCACUACUACGAAGUGGUGCUUUUCUCUGACGACGUCUUUCCUGUUGCACUCGAUAUUGCUAGCAAAUGGAACAUUCCGGUUACAGGUGUUUUGCACCGGGACUUCUGCAAGAAGAAACGAAAUCACUUUGUGAAGGACCUCUCAAAGCUGGGCAGAAAACUUGAUCGGGUUCUAAUGAUUGAUCACGAUCCUGUUGCUUUCGAGCUACAGCCUGAGAAUGGCAUUCUUAUUCGACCCUUUGAUGGGGAUCCCUCUGACACCGAGCUUGCUGACUUGCUGGAGUUCCUAAAGGCUGCUGCUUCAACCCCGAUGGAUCUUCGGAAGUUCGUUCAGAAGUAUGGUGGCGGAGAUGAGGAUGUCGGCAGGCGCUAUUUGCUAGAAAGGCAAGAGCAGGGCAAGCUGAUUGAGAAGAAAAGGGUGCUUGGAAGGGCCAUUGGAGCUCGAUCUGGCUUUGCACAGCCCGGACAGACGGGCAACUUUGGCAUGCCACGAUAG